AUGUCUGCCUGCAGCAAACUCAGCAAUUGCACGGGUCAGCUACUGCCCAGAAUCCCCUCUGUGACCAAGGGCUGGGGGCUGUGGGCCCUCUCAGGGGCUGUGACCCUGCUGCUCCUCAUCUCACUGGCUGUGCACUUGUUCCAGUGGACCAGUGGCCGGAGCAGGAGCCAUCCGGGACAUGGACGCUCUGGGGAGUCUGUGGAAGACGUCCCUCUGUAUGGGAACCUGCAUUAUCUGCAGACAGGACGGCUGUCUCAGGAACCAGGGCCAGACCCACAGGAUUCAGCCCCUGGAGGCCCUGCCAGGGCUGCAGCGGAAGUGAUGUGCUAUACCAGCCUGCAGCUGCGGCCUCCUCAGGGCCGGGUGCCCAGCCCUGGAAGCCCCAUCAAGUACUCGGAGGUGGUGCUGGACUCUGAGCCAAAGCCCCAGGCCUCAGACCCUGAGCCAGAGCUCUACGCCUCAGUGUGUGCCCAGGGGCGCAGAGCCCGAGCUUCCUUUCCAGACCAGGCCUAUGCCAACAGCCAUCCUGCACCCAGCUGAGACAGGGGGCCGUUGCAUUGGUUACUGCUAUCCCGUCUGGGGCCAUGACUGUUUGCCAACCACCCCUUGAAGACAGGCAGCCCUUCCUCAGUCACAGGACUGAUGGUCCCUGAAUUUCCUAUCUGAGCUGUGAGGGAGACCUCUCAGAGGAAUGGCAGGCCCCGUUUUUUGAGGAUGGCGGAAGAAAAGGCAGUGGCCUCUCCCUCCACCUCCUUUCCCCCCCUCUAUCUGUUCCUCUCAACCCCCAAGCUCCAGAUCCUUCCCAUUCCACACCUUUUAGUCUACCCCUGACACCUCCGUGUCUCCUCAGACACGGGAAGUGGGCAGUAGGGGAGGGGUAAAGAGUCUGCAAGGUCAGUGAGGGGUAUCCUCCUCAGGAGCCCACAGGCUGGACGGGUCCUGGAAUCCGGUGACCUGAGAAAGCCAAGCCUGGUCUCUGACUUGAGAAGCCUAGCAGAACACCAGUCUCCAUCCUGCCGCCUCUGUG